AUGCCGGAAACAACAGCUGGGACUAGUCAGGCAAACGAAACGACCAUUCCAGAGACCCCUAGUGAGCAGCUGCAUGAAUCAGACAGAUCAGUUUCGCCGGUAACAGCUGGCAAGUCCCACACAUCCAUCCUCCCACACUUUCAUCUGAUGCAGCAAGGUGGGAACGAGGUGCCGGAAAUUGAGAGAUUUCACACAACAACGACCACCCCUCACUUCGAUCUUAUGCCACACAAUGAGAAUGAGGUCCCAAAGAUUGGAACAAUGACCACCAUCCCUCGCUUCGAUUUUUUGCCUCAAAGUGAGAAUGAGGUCUUGACAAUUGGAGGAUCUUACACAAUCCCUCACUUCGAUCUGACAACACAGAGUGAGAACGAGGUCCUGACAAUGGAAGAAUCUUACACAGCACCCAGCACCCCUCGCUUCGAUCUGAUGCCACAAAGCGAGGAUGAGGCCCCGAAGAUUGGGGCAUUGCACACCAUGCCUCACUUCAAUCUGAAGCCGCAAAACAGAAGAAGCAUCUCCAGAGAGGGAGGAUGCAGUGCCUCUCCCACAGUGGCCAUCACGCAAUUUAAUCUGAUGCCCCAAAGCGGGAAUAGCAUGAGUACCGCCAUUCUUCCCAUUGAUCCUUUGCUGCAAAAUGGGGACAAUAUUCUGGCAAAGCCAAGGGGUGGAACGAUGGACCGAUCCCCAAGAAUGGCAUCUAUUCCACCGAUUAAGGUGAUUAACCCAACACCCCAAAGCAGCCUGAUUAAAGGGCAGUCAGGAUUGAGGGAGAAGAACAACGGUGUCAGCUAUCUCACUGUCAAGAAUGAACAUGACUCUCGCUCAUGUUCAGAAUCUCCUUCCUCCACAGCAAGUACAAAUGGAGAGCCCAUCACCUAUGACCACCUCCUUAGGUGUGCACAGAAUGGGGUGUGGAGGGCGGCUAUAAAGGCUGCCAUGAUCCUUCGUUUGGAAGCACUCGAGAGUCAAGAUGUUGAACUCCUGGUUAAGGUCAAUGUCAUUGCUGAGCAAAUUAAAAGCAAACAGUCACCACUCGACGAGCCAGAUAUUUCCUUGCAUUGGCGGCUCAUUAAUGAUGCUGGGGAAGAACUUCUUCUAAAUAAAGGGGCUGAUGUUGGGAAGGUUGCUAGGUCAGUAGCUCAGCUGCUUGACGAGGCAGAGGCCAGCGAAGAAAGGGAUGGGGUAAUGGACAAAUGGAUCGCCAGGCUGCCAUGCAGGGCACCCUGA